AUGGUGGCAGGCUCAGCGCGCUACGUGCGAUACAUCCUCUUUGCCUUUUUCGGCCUCGCCAUCGUUUACUUCAUUACCCACUCGAGCUACGAGGGUGUUCGUCUCCAAGAUGGCACCUUUUCCGGCACUGCACCAGGAGGAGUACAACCUGCAGCGCCUGCGGCUGGCGAGAAGCAGGACGCUGCCCCUGUUGCUGUGAAGCCUGCGACCCCGCCCGCUGAGCGACCAGCGAUCGUCAACGACUACGAUCCCAAGGAGUUCCCGAUGGCUAUGAGCCCCGGUGACCCUGGUUGGAACGACAUUGUUGGCACUGCCCCUGGGCCUCGUGUCAACGCCACCUUUGUGACCCUUGCGAGGAACAGCGAUGUUUGGGACAUCGCUCGCUCCAUUCGUCAGGUCGAGGAUCGCUUCAACCGCCGCUACAACUACGACUGGGUCUUCCUGAACGACAAGCCUUUCGACGAGACCUUCAAGAAGGUCACGACAUCGCUUGUUUCUGGAAAAACUCACUAUGGCGAAAUCCCCAAGGAGCACUGGUCUUUCCCUGAGUGGAUCGACCAGGACAAGGCCAAGAAGGUGCGCGAGGACAUGGCCCAGCGCAAGAUCAUCUACGGCGAUUCCGUCAGCUACCGCCACAUGUGCCGUUUCGAGUCUGGCUUCUUCUUCCGCCAGCCGCUCAUGAUGAACUACGAGUACUACUGGCGAGUCGAGCCCUCGAUUGAGCUCUUCUGCGACAUCCACUAUGACCCCUUCCGCGUCAUGAAGGAGAACAACCGCAAGUACAGCUUCGUCCUGAGUUUGUACGAGUACAAGGAGACCAUUGCCACGUUGUGGGACUCGACCAAGAAGUUCAUGAAGAACCAUCCCGAACACAUUGCCGCCGAUAACUCCAUGGGAUUCCUGAGUGACGACAACGGCGACACCUACAACAACUGCCACUUCUGGUCCAACUUUGAGAUUGGUAACCUGAACUGGCUUCGCUCUAAGGCCUACGUUGACUACUUUGAGUCUCUGGACAAGGACGGUGGUUUCUUUUACGAACGCUGGGGCGACGCUCCUGUCCACUCCAUCGCCGCAGGCAUCAUGCUUCCCAAGGACCAGAUUCACUUCUUCAACGACAUCGCCUACUACCACGUUCCCUUCACUCACUGCCCCACGGGGGAGAAGACACGACAAGACCUCCGCUGUCACUGCAACCCUAAGGACAACUUUGACUGGAAGGGCUACUCUUGCACGAGCCGCUACUUCGAUAUCAAUGGGAAGACGAAGCCCGAGGGCUAUGAGAACCAGAAGGAUUAA